AUGUCCAGCCAGCCUCUCCUCCAAACUGCCCCGGGCAAGCGCAUCGCGCUCCCGACGCGUGUCGAACCAAAAGUCUUUUUCGCCAACGAGCGCACGUUCCUCUCUUGGCUCAACUUCACCGUCAUCCUUGGCGCUCUGGCGGUCGGCAUGCUCAACUUUGGCGACCGCCCGGCCUUCAUCUCGUCGUUCCUGUUUACGGGCGUCGCCAUGCUCGCGAUGAUCUACGCCGUGGUCACAUACCACUGGCGCGCGAAAUCGAUACGAAUGAGGGGCCAAUCUGGCUUUGACGACCGCUUCGGCCCGACGUUUUUGGCGAUUAUCUUGUUCCUUGCUGUGGUUGUCAACUUUGUGCUCAGGAUCACCUACAAGCCUAAGGAGCCUUGA